UGAUUAUGUACUAUUGAAGGUCAUUGCUUUCUCAUGGCACUAAAACCCUAUUUAAACGCAGUUAGGCACACUCUAAAUGCAGCAUUAUGUGUUCAGAAUUUUUCUUCACAAGUUGUUGAACGUCACAACAAACCUGAAAUAGAAGUUCGAACCUCCAAGGAACUACUACUAAACCCCGUAAUUAUUAGUCGGAAUGAAAAAGAGCGGGUACUGAUUGAAGGGUCAAUUAAUUCAGUUCGUGUCAGCAUUGCUAUCAAACAGUCUGAUGAAAUCGAAAAGCUACUUUGUCGAAAAUUCACUCGGUUUAUGAUGACUCGUGCAGAAGACUUUGUUAUACUUAGGCGUAAACCUGUCCCUGGCUAUGACAUCAGUUUUCUUAUCACUAAUUUUCACACGGAACAGAUGUCAAAGGCAAAAUUGGUUGAUUUCGUAAUUACUUUCAUGGAUGAGAUUGAUAAAGAAAUUUCCGAAAUGCGCUUAGCAGUGAAUUCUCGGGCUCGUCAAUGUGCUGAAGAAUUUUUGAAGGCGUUUGACUAACAGAUAUGUGAAGUAAAUAGUAAUUUCGCUUAAUAUUGUGGUAAUUCAAAGUAAUUUUAACGACUCUUUUGAAACAGUUUUUUCUAUAAUUUUGUCUUUCAAUUAACGUUGACUUGUAAAAGUAAAAUGUUUUUAUGUUAAAGUUUCAGUUUUAU